UAUGUCACCGGUUGGCAAGGGAGGUAAUUUGUAAACAUGCCUCCCAAAGGGAAAGGAGCUGCCAAGGUUAUUAAAAAAGUAGUUGAUAAAGUUAUUCAUCCGCCCUUCCUGAAGACAAAUAUAGCGGCAGGUCAAGCAGCAGCUGCUCCUCCACUUGGACCACAGCUAGGACAGAGAGGAAUACAGAUCGGACCAUUCUGCAAACAGUUCAAUGACCAAACAAAUGACAUAAAACCAGGGAUACCAAUACCUACCUAUGUGAAACUGAAUCCAGAUCGAUCUAUCAGUAUAACUAUACAUAAACCUCCAACAUCAUAUUUUCUAAAGAUGGCAGCUGGUGCAAGAAAAGGAACCAUAGGAAGAGAUGAUGUAGCAGGCAAAAUAUCUUUAAAGCAUGUCUAUGAAAUAGCAAAGAUAAAGAUACAAGACCCACAGAACCGGGGAAAUACAUUACAAGAUGUGUGUAAACAAGUGAUUGGGACAGCUCAUUCUGUUGGCAUCCAAGUUGUGAAAUCUCUGGACCCAGAAGAGUAUGCUGAAUUUUUAGAGGAAAGAGAAGAAAGACUUCAACAGUUUGAAAUAGAAUUAGAGGAAGUUAGGAAAUCAAAGUUGUUACGAUUGUAGCACAAAGUGAUUGUGUUUUGUAUGUGUUUAUAGAAAUUCUGAUUAACUAUAUCUGUAUCUGUAUUGUGCUAAAUAAAUAUUUAGUGCUA